AUGGCCAACGAAACACCUACACCGACCAUGAUUUCCAACCCUUUUCAUCUUGCUCAUGCUAUAUCUAACAUCAAAGCUCUUAUUCCUGUAACCCUGGAUAUUAAAAAUCCGAACUAUCAAAAGUGGAGCCACUUCUUCAUCAUCACCGCAGGCCGCUUCUGUCUCACCGAUCUGCUUCUCGGAAAAGAAAAGCCCGCCAACAUCUCUGCCGAUGAAUGGCAACGCGCGGAUUACCUCCUCCAGACUUGGAUCUAUGGCACCAUAACCGAGGACCUCUCAAGCAUGGUUCUCUCCAAAACCGCAAUGGCUCAUGAUCUGUGGAAGGCCCUCGCCUCCCUCUUUACAGAUAACAAAGACUAUCGGGCCAUCCAACUCGAAGAACAGUUCAAGUCCCUAAAGAAAGGAUCUCUCGAGAUCCAUGAUUAUUGUCAACUUCUCAAAACCACUGCCGACAACUUGGCAGAUGUCAGCAACCCCGUGUCAGACAAGCAACUCGUCCUCCAAACCCUCCACGGUCUACCAAAACAUUACGGGACCAUUGUCAAUCUAAUCUCCUUCCAAACUCCGUUGCCAUCUUUUCUCCAAACACGUUCACUACUCCAGAUGGAAGAACAUCGCAUUGCUGAACCGGAGCAGACCCCUACUGUUCUCUACGCAUCUCGCCCCAACAGUUCCAACAGUUGGUACAUGGCAAAACAAGAUCCGACACCUGGCCACUCCUCCACUGCCUACAAUUAUCCUCCUCAACAGCACGUGAACUGUUCAAACAGUUCAUCAAACAGUGGUCCCCUACAGCCAACAAAUCUUGCCACUCAUCUCAACACGUUGACUCUUCAGUCAUCGAGCGAACCUCGGUGGUUUAUGGACAUGGGCGCCUCAUCUCACAUGGCACCUCACUCAGGUAAUUUCCAUUUUAUUUUUAAUCCUAGUAAUAAUUUCCCCAAGAAUGUCAUCGUUGGUAAUGGCUCCACUGUUCCUAUCCUUAAAAUUGGCCACACCAUCCUACCCUCUACCCCGUUUCGUUUAACCAAUGUCUAUGUUACUCCUCACAUCAUUAAGAACCUUGUGUCUGUCCGAAAAUUCACUAGAGAUAAUUCAUGUUCAGUUGAAUUUGACCCUUAUGGCUUUUCUGUGAAGGACCUUCAUACCAGAGCAGUCAUCCUCAGGUGCAAUAGCUCCGGUGAUUUAUACCCCAUUGGCGCCCCUUCUCCCAGCCCAUCCGCAACCGCCCUCCUUGCUCACACCACACCUGUCUCCUCUACAUGGCAUCGUCGUCUCGGUCACCCGGGAAACCCUGUCAUGACUCGUCUUUUUUCUUCCAAUUUUAUUUCUAGUACCAAAGACCCACGGGAGUCUAUUUGUAAUGCUUGUCAAUUAGGCAAACAUUCUCGCUUACCUUUCUUUACUAGUCAUUCUAUUACCGUUGCACCUUUUGAAAUUAUUCAUGCUGAUUUAUGGACGUCUCCUAUUUCUAGUAUUUCUGAUUUCAAAUAUUACCUCGUAUUAAUAGAUGAUUUCACCCACUAUACAUAG